AUGCCCAAACGAAAGCGCCCAACCAACGACUCCAAGACCAACACCCAAAACCCACAACAAAACGAAGCAAAAGACAAGCCCAUCCUCGGCGGUCUCAAAGACCCCACCCUCAACUCCCGCGUCUCAGGCACAGGCACAGAAAAAGAAGAACCCCCAGACCCCGACUCCGCCAUCACGCACUUCACCCUCCCCUUCAACGACAAACUCAUCGUCUGCGAAAGACAUCAACCACCAAACAGCAGCGACGAUGAAAACCCUCCAUCUCUAAUAUUCACGCACGGCGCCGGCGGCGGGAUCGCAAACCCCGCGACGAGGGAUUUCGCUCGAGGCUUCGGCGGUGUGGAGAGUGUGGUUUGUUUCCAGGGGACGAUGAAUCUCGUGAAUCGGGUGAAGGCGUUUAGGGCUGCUGUGGGAGGGGUUGGAGGGAAGGUGUUGGGUGGACGGAGUAUGGGCGCGAGGGCGGCUGUUCUCACGGCUUUGGAGAUGGUUGAUGAAGGAGGGGAUGUACCCGAGGCGUUGGUUCUGGUCAGUUGGCCGUUGACGGCGGGGAAGGACGGGAAGAGGGAACCUGAGCGACGGGAGGAGAUUUUGAAGGAUUUACCUAGUGGCAUUGAUGUUUUGUUCGUGCUUGGGGAUAGGGAUGUGCAGUGUGAGAUGGGGUUGUUUGAGGAGGUGAGGAGGGGGAUGAAGGCGAGGAGUUGGGUUUUGGUGGUGAAAGGGGCGGAUCAUGGGAUGAGUUUGAGGGAGAAGGGGGGUGUGGAGGGGAUGAGGAUGAGGAUGGGGGAAGUCGCGGCUAAGUGGCUGGAGGAGAGGGAUGACGGUAGGAGAGCGUGUGAGUUGGAGUGGAAUGGGAAGCGUGGUGAGGUUGAGUGUAGUGGAUGGAUGAGUUCGAGUCGUGCAAAGUCAGGCUCUUGA